AUGGCACUGCUAGCAGCUGGCGCCGCGGCAGCGGCAGCCACGGGGAUCAGCAUGUACCUCGACGCCAAGUACUCGAUUCGCAGCGACCUGGAACAGCUUCGGGGAGCCAAGCAUCUACAGAAGUUCGUCGAGGACCUGUAUGAGGAAUACGGAGAAGACGACUGGUCCUUCUACCACGUCAUCCAUUCGACCUACGCCCAGAAUCAUCAUACCGACAAAGAGGCAUUCGUCUUUGAGGGUCGAACCUGGACGUAUCGCCAAUUUCGUGAAGAGAUUGGUCGAGUUGCCGAAGCGUUCGAAAGGCUCGGGAUCAAGAACCGGACCGUGGUUGGAAUGUUCGUCAACAACUCGCCAGAGUUUGUCAUUGCUUGGUGGGCUCUGUACAAGCUCGGUGCCAUCGCCGCGCCUGUGAACACGUCCAUUACUGGGUCCCAUAUAAAGCAUUGUCUGAAAGUCAGCGAAGCCAAGUUCUGCAUCACAACCUACGAGCUGUACAGUGUCCUGACAAGGGCUUUGGUGCAAGACGAGCUUCUCCAAGGCUCCCCGGCGCAGUCAUCAGCUUUUCCUAGGAUUGUCCUGUACGAUUAUGGCUCGUACCCUCCAACCCAAGCUGAGCUUCAAGGGAAUGUGCUGCUGAAGCACGACGAGUUGCCUCCGGUAACACCGGAAAUGGCCGAUUUCCCCAAACACAAGAGACCGAAAGUUGGUCCCACCGACGCUGCGCAAUAUCUCUUUACUUCUGGAACAACUGGAAUGCCCAAAGCUUUGAUCUGGCCGCUUGGAUACAACCGUCUGAGCGGAAACCCAGGAAGAUGGCCAGGCACGCAGGGAAGCCAUAGGAGAUGGUACAUAUGCUUGCCAAUGUUUCACGGAACCGCAUCCUUCGCUGCCCUGCCUGGCGCAUUGGCGUCCUCUGGGACCGUAAUUCUUGCGCGGCGGUUUUCACGUCGCGAGUUCUGGGCCGAUGUUCGACGUUCACAGACAAACGCUAUCCUUUAUAUCGGCGAGAUGUUCCGCUACCUAGUCCAGUCCCCUCCCGAUCCUCGGUUUCCAGACGAAAAGGAUCACGGGGUUGAUCUGGCCUUUGGCCUAGGGCUGGCUCCCACUGUAUGGCGUGCAGUCAGAGAAAGGUUUGGAAUUCCUUGGAUAGUAGAGUACUACUCAGCAAGUGAGGCAACCAUCUCACUACUAAACUCGAAUAAGAACGAUCUCGGCGUGGGAAAGGUAGCCCGUUAUGGCCCCUUAAUGCGGAGUAAAUUGUUCGGCCAGGGCGCGUUUCAGAUCAUCAGAGCUGAUUUCGAGACCGGAGAAGUGGUGAGAGACUCCAAGACUGGGUUUUGCAUCAAGGCAAAGCCCGGAGAGGUUGGUGAGGCGAUAUCCAAGAUUGUUCCCCCCAUUCAAAGACGGCACGACUAUGUUGGGGAGGGCGGCGCAGGGGCUACCCAGAAAAAGACCUUGAGGGAUGUUUUCGAGAAAGGGGACGAAUACACGCGGAUUGGGGAUGCCCUGGUGAUGGAUGAAGAUGGAUUCAUCCAAUUUCGUGAUCGGCUUGGAGAUACCUACCGCGCAAAGGGUCAUAAUAUUUCCACCACCGAAGUGGAGGCAUGGCUCAGUAGACAUCCCCGGAUUGCUUCCGUCAACGUUUAUGCCAUUCCAAUGAACCAUUAUGGGUAUGAUGGGCAGUUGGGGUGCGCAGCAAUCACUUUGCAGGGCGUGCCUCCGGAGCGAUCCAAUCAAGUUCACGACGAGGUCAUGUCGCAACUAGAGCACUGGUUGCGCACUUCAGAAAGCGCUCUGCCGGCAUAUGCGGUGCCACGGUUCGUCAGAAUCCUGAUCAACGAUGGUGCGCCACAAGACUCGGGCGGUAUGAGCGGCGACAGUGGGAGCGAACGAGUUUCGACAAUCAUGAAGAAGUUGAAGACCGGUCUUCGGAAAGAUGGCUUCUUGAUUCCGGAGGGGAACAAGGACCGGAUGUUUUGGAUCGAGAGAGAAGGAUCAGGGUACGCACCUCUGACCAGUGAGGCGAUUCAGCGCCUGCUCUCCGGCAAGGCUCAAUUAUGA